CCGAAAUUCAUUAGUGAAGGAAGUUGGGUAGACGUUAGCACAAGGAGGCGUCUGGGCAGACGGCUUCUUCCCCAUUAAAUUCCGACGCCUUUUCCCAGAACUCGGAAGUGGAGUCCCGGACGAAAGGGAAAUAUUAGCUAGGACGAAAGAUUCGGAACGUCGAGAAUCCGGUGAAUUUUCGGGGAAAAAGGUGUGUUUCGGUGGAGAAUGGGGAAGUCGGAUCUGAAAUCGGCGUUUCUCAUGGAGCAGAUGAAGCAGCACUUCGGUACAGACGAGGGUAAAUCACUAUGCAAGAAGAUCGGGCUCGUUUACCAGCUCAACAUCGCCCCGAAGAAAAUUGGCGUUGACGAAGAAAUUUAUGUUGUGGAUCUUAAAAAGGGAGAAGUGAAAAAGGGACCAUAUGAAGGCAAACCUGAUGUGACAUUUUCCUUCAAUGACAAUGAUUUUAUGGGCAUAGCCACUGGAAAGUUGAAUCCGCAAAUUGCAUUUAUAAGGGGUGCAAUGAAGAUCAAAGGCAGCUUGAGUGCUGCACAGAAAUUUACACCGGAUAUAUUUCCAAAACCCUCGAAGCUUUGAACAGUAUUAUAUUUAAGAAAUUUAUAUGGUUUUUAAUAAAGUGUACUUGCAGUUACUUUAUUCAUACGCUUCCUGCUGAGACCUGCAUCUAAUUUGUGAGGCAUAUAAAAUAUCCAAGGAAAAGGCAUAUUAGCAGAUGUAGGCUUGGCCUUACCAUUUGAUGUUGCUUGAAAAUCAAUGGAAUGCAAAGAUAUUCAUCAUCUAUAA